AUGAGUGUAGCUUGUGUGGAGAAGCCACCACUCUUAUCUAUAGACCAGUCAAAGUGGCAUGAGCAUACACUUACUCACUUUCCAAGACAAGCUUCCUUGACUUGCGACCUCUGUGCCUUGGCAAAUUCAAGCUCUCCUUUCUAUGUAUGUCUCCUUUGUGACUUUGUGGUCCAUCAAAGCUGUCUCAGCUUACCACGUGUCAUCCGGAUAUCUCGCCAUCCCCAUCGAAUCUCUUUCACUCCUUCUUUUGACCAAGGAAAUUGGUCUUGUGGUGUUUGUCGCAGAGAGAUCAACAACGACUACGGAGGUUAUUCUUGCAUCAAGGAUGAUUGUUCGUAUGCGGCUCAUUCAAAAUGUGCCACACAGAGCAAUGUGUGGGAUGGUAAAGAACUAGAGGGAGAGCCUGAAGAAAUUGAAGAAGAAGUCAUGCCGCCGUUUGUGAGGAUAAGCGAUGGUAUCAUUCAACAUUUCAGUCAUGAAGAUCAUCAUCUGAAACUUGAUGAGAAUGCCGGCAGUGAUUAUGACGAGAACAAGCAGUGUCAAGCAUGCAUCACACCGGUAUAUUUCGGCAACUAUUACUCUUGUAUGCAAUGUGAGUUCAUAUUACACGAAACUUGUGCAAAUCUUUCUCGCAAAAUGAAUCAUCCUAUACAUCCACACCUGCUUACUCUAGUGACAAGACACGACGGUGUUAUAAAAAUAAGCUCUGAUACGGAUAUCACCAACUAUGAGAGUUCAUGUUCAGCUUGUCCUUGGUUGUGCACAGCUGGUUUCUUCUAUGAGUGCGGUGAAGAAGGAUGCUGUUUUAAGGUACAUGUGCAGUGUGCUACAAUUUCUGAACCAUUAGAUCAAGGAAGCCAUGAGCAUCCUUUAUUCCUAACAUCCAAACCAGGAGAGAAGAGAAAGUGUUCAAUUUGCCAAGAUGAUGAUUACACAGAAACAUUCAACUGCAUUGAGUGCGACUUUGCUUUGUGUUUUGGGUGUGCUACUUUACCUCAAAAGGUGAGGUAUAAGCAUGAUAAGCAUACGCUCGCUCUUUCUUAUAGGAAAGAGCCAAGUACCAUGACGUAUUGGUGUGAAGCCUGCGAGAGAAAAAUAAAACCGAAUAAGCGGUUUUAUAUGUGUGAUAAGUAUUGUUGUGUUACCCUACACAUUGGUUGUCUGAUUGGAAAGGACUUAUACAUGAAGCCCGGUGCAUCGUGGUUAUACAACAAUAGAAAGGUAGUUGUUGUGCCCAACAAUCAACAUAUGUCUCGUCCUUUUUGCUCUUGUUGUAAGAAGCGUUGUCCAUACAAAACGUUGUUCCAGCGCUAUGUAUUUACAAUUUGUUCCACAAAGUGUAUGUAUCAUGGUAUUCCAUAA